AUGAAAUGCUUUGAAAAUAAACCAGCUUCAUAAUCUUAUUAAUUUCUUGAUAAAUUAGGAGAAGGGUAUUUUUAUGAUUUUGAAAGUAUAAGUUCCUUUGGAUACAUAUGGAAGGUUAAAUAAAUAUCAACUGGAUAGAUAUAUGCUUGUAAAUUAGUAAAGAAUUCGAUGAAUAAGGAGAAAACCUUAUUAUAAAGAGAGAUAAAGAUCUUACAUUUAUUGAAAGGAAAGAAAGGUAAGAUGUAAAUAUUAAUAGAAAAGGUUUUACUUAAUUGAUAGCAUCUGGAUAGGAUAAUAAGAAUACUUAUUUUAUAAUGAAUUUGCUUGGUGAUAAUUUAGAAUAAGUGAGAAUAAAAUGUGGGAAAUUCAAUAGUACUACAAUAUUGAAUACAGGUUAAUAAAUGAUUUUGUUACUAAAAGAGCUUCAUAAUUCAAAUAUAAUUCAUAGAGAUAUUAAACCAGAGAAUUUUGUAGUUUUUUAAGAUAAACUAUAUUUGAUAGAUUUUGGAUUGUCUAAAUUGUUUAUUUAAGAUGGAAAACACUUAGAAUAUAGAGAAAAUAAAGGAAUGAUAGGAACUGCUCGUUAUGCAUCCAUUAAUGCAUUAAAAGGAAAUGAAUAAUCUAGAAGAGAUGAUCUUGAAUCAGUUGCUUAUUUGCUUAUAUAUUUAUUUAUGGGUACUCUACCAUGGAAUAACAUUAUGGCUGAAGAUAAAACUGUUAAAUAUUACAAAAUUUAAAGAAUGAAAGAAUCAUUUCAACCAGAAACAUAUAUUAAUUUACCUCCUGAACUUACUAAAUAUAUGGAAUAUGUCAAACGUUUAAAAUUUGAUUAAAAACCUGAUUAUGAUUAUUUGGAAAAUAUGUUUAAAAGAGGGGAAGAUUUUACUCGAAGUCCAAAGCUAUAAAUUUAAUAAAGUCAAUUAUAAAUUAAAUCUAAUUUAUUGCAUUUAAAAAAAAUUGAGAGAACCUAAUGUUUAACUUCUAAGAAAUCAUCAAAUCAAUAAGAAAAUACAAGCAGAAGAAUUACAUUUGAAGAUUUGAGUUCUGCUGGAGCUGAUAUUAUAGAAGAACUUAAUAAAGAUGAAGGAAUACAACUCAAAAAUCUAUCAGUAGGCAUUAAAUAACCAUAAACUAUAAAUAGAAUAAACAAAGUUAGAACAGGAUCAGAUUAGAUUUUUGAAUUCGAGAAUAAACUUAAACCCAAUUAACUACCUAUAUCCUUAAAACAAUUAGAAUGA